GUAGAUCAAGGCCAAGAUGCUGAAACCCAAGAAGAAGCCUGGAAAGAAAGGUGCACCUGCCAAACCCAAGGCAUAAAACUCUAUACUUGCAGACGAGAGUUCAGUGAUAAAUAAAUCAUCUGUUUCAAAUAAUUGAGUCUAAUCAGUCAUUUUUUAAGUUUUGAUUCACAUAAGGUAACAAAGAUUACAAAAACGUAGGAAGUGAGAAUACUGCUAAAUAUGAACACUCACCAACUGUUUCAGGUCUGCUCUCUAUGCAGGAUUCUUGAUCAAACUGCAAUGGAGACGCAAAUCUUUUUUAUAAUGUAAUGUCUUAACACUACUACUUGACACAAGUAAAACAUUCUACGUACCAUUUGUUCAUGAAGUCUCAAAAUUCAGGGCUAAAUAUCCCGGGCAGCUUUGGUGGAGGCUGAAAUUCAAAGGCUCUGUCAGCACUGAAUGGGUCAAACUCAAUGCUCAAAUAGCUGGCAAAGAUAUUAAAACAAUAUACACUGGUAUACAGGUAUGUUUAUGUUCGGAUGUGGUCAUAUAAUGGGCUCACUCACCUCAUUGACUGUAAUCAAGCAGCUCAAAUAUAGCCAUUGGUGUUCUGCUGUCAGGACUGUAUGCUGCGGGGAAAAAUAUUGAUCAGCCUCUGUCAUUAUUCAGUUGCCUCUGGACUAAUAAUUAUUCGAAGUCCACUUAUUUGUUGUAAACAAUUAUAAUAGACCCUUUGAAAUAUUGUCUGUCAGAGCUGCUUUAAUCUAAAACAAAAAGCCACUGCAGAAUGAUGGUAUGAACCAGCAUCAUCUCAGACUUAGCAGCAAGCAAGUGGUUGAAGACAAAGUUGAGGGCUACAAGAAGACCAAGGAGGCAGUGCUGCUGCUGAAGAAGCUUAAAGCCUGGAAUGACAUCAAGAAGGUCUAUGCCUGUCAGCGCGUGCGUGCUGGUAAGGGUAAGAUGAGGAAUCGCAGACGGAUCCUGAGGCUCGCCCCUUGUGGUCAUGUUGGACGCUUCUGCAUCUGGACUGAGAGUGCUUUCCGUAAGCUGGAUGAGCUGUAUGGCACCCGGCGCAAACCUGCUUCCCUGAAGGUUGGCUACAAGUAAGUGUUUCAGGAGCAAUCACACUGUUGCACAUGUAUAGCUGUCAAUCCCAUCGGUGAUGAGCUUCCACUUCAUGGUCCGUGUUUUUGAUACGGUGUGAUAUUUAACGAAGUUCUGAGUUU